GUGUGUUUUAUGUUACACAUAUAAAUAUAUUAUAUAUUACCUAUGUAUAACGUAACUUGGAGAGCCAGCUCGAGGUACAGUAAAUCACUUUUUAAUAGGAAGAGUGGAAAGGACGGAAAGGGCUAUUUAGUGCCUUCUGAAUAAAUUAAAAUUAGCACCAGAAAAAAAAGACGAGCUAUAAACACCGUCGCAUGACGGAGAAUUCACUCAACCACGAACGAAAGCCCGGACGCGAACCAUCGGCAAUCGCCUUUGUACCGACGUUGGCGGCGCCGGCGUCGCGACGCCACCCCCGCAUAUCGCACACUCUACCACCCCGAAGGUAGACACGCGGCUGCUUCCUCCGUCACGUUUUCCCGAGCCCUGUCUGACACCCUCCCGCCUUCGGUCGCCUUCGGUCGGUGGUGGUCGGUGAUGGUCGGUGGUGGUUCCCCAUGCGCGCAGAGGGCGGAAAGGGUCCCCCGUUCGCGGGCGUGGGGUUGCGCGCGCACUAUCUACCCCCUCUGGGUGUCCGGUACAUAAUCGAACUGGGAGCGCCGUGGUGGCCGUCGUCAGUUCCGUAAGACGGGGCUAAAUUUCAUUUCUAAAAUGAGAACAUAGUUUAGCUAAAACGAGAGAAGAUCGAGCCGAUGUAAAAACGCGAAACGCGGAGUGAGGGAAGGUUUCGUCGUGAUAGGGCUUCCUCGUCGUGAUACAGAGAGCUCCGAUCUCCGAUCUCCGAUUUACAGCCCGGCCGCGAGCGCAAUCACGCCGCUUAUCGCUGAAUUGUAACGAUAUCUCUUCGAUGCACGAGUGCACGCGGGAUAGAAUGAUAGUACGACUCGAGGAAAGGAGGGUAAUCUCUCCUCCAAGUUUAUACGCGCCAGCCUGAUCCGAGUGUGUCUAAGAUAUCGCCAAACCGGGCAAACUCCACGUCAAGUCAAAUUCGUCGUUUCGCGAGUGCCAAGCAGUAGUAGAGUGGAUAUCGUCGGCGAGAGUUAAGUGGGAUUUUGGUCGUGAAGGGUUGGCGGAGGAGAGCCGAUCGCGGCCGAUUUCGUCGGGGUUCAGCCACGUUCCAGCCACGUUCCAGACGAGACAGGAUACCGUGAGGUCUCUCCUCGAAUCACAAUGGCGCCCAACUCCGUGUUCGUGGAAUCGUGGCCGGUCACGAUCGACUGAUGGAACAGCAGCAGGCAUCUUCAUGGCAUUCUAAAUAUCGACGUAAAUCAUAAAUAUCCCCCUGUGUCUAUCCGUGUCCGCUCGAUGCCGCGCUAAUUCAAAUGAGCGGACUACAAGCUAAUCGUCGUUCCCUAAAACGUCUCCGGUAGUCUCGACGGUGUGCGGUGCACGGUGCACGGUGAAAGAGGCAACAUGAAAAGAAUUCGCAAGAGGCAUCCGCCAAAAAUAAAAGAAGAUUAUGUCAGAUCGUCACAGUGAUAAUGCGUGUAGUGAGUGUGAUUAGGUGCAUGAUGCUCUCGCCUGGGAGUAUUUGGCGGUUUCUCAUCGCCUAAUAUCGUCCAGUGAAUAUGUUGCCUAUUAUCGAGGAGUAAAAAUUUGGGCUGACGACAGUGAGAUGGAUGCACAUGACCCGCGAUUUACAACAGUUCUCAAUUAAUUCGAGCGGAAGAGAUACAGCGGUCCGAGGCCAUCUGACGACCGCUUCCAUUCGUAAAUAAUCUGUGCUUGAGUCGAAACGUAUGCGAUGUUUUUUGAAAGAAAGGAAUGGACGAGUACCGACGAUAAACUGACAUUUCACGCGUAUAUCGCAUCGAUUGUCUAUCUCGCAUUCGAACUGCUACCCAAAUGAAACUAAGAAAAUAUACGAUAACUCAAAAACAAUUUAUUCGUUAAGUUGUUCUCGAAGCAUUUCCCGUAUUCCAUCGUUCCAAGUUAUAUUAUACCAUGACAAAGAGCACGAUGUCGCGUGAAAUCGCGAUAGAACACGGCAGACCGGUACCAGACCUCGCAAGGAAGUGAUAACGACGAGCGAAGAGUGCGGAGAGAAGGGAAGAAUCGUGAUACGUUCGACAUCGGCCGUUUUUACACGAUAACCCUUCAACCUGGCGGACCAAGAAGAAGGUAGCGGCUCGGCGGCGAUGCAGGGCAAGGAGAGCCCCGUUGGGUCCAACACCCAGGAGACCCAUCAGUACGUCGGCCCGUAUCGGUUGGAAAAGACCUUGGGAAAAGGCCAGACUGGUUUAGUUAAACUCGGCGUGCAUUGUGUGUUGGGCAAGAAGGUGGCGAUCAAGAUUAUCAACCGCGAAAAGCUUUCGGAGUCCGUGUUGAUGAAAGUGGAGCGUGAGAUCGCCAUUAUGAAACUGAUCGACCAUCCGCAUGUGCUCGGCCUCUCGGAUGUGUAUGAAAACAAAAAAUAUCUAUAUCUUGUUUUGGAACAUGUCUCGGGCGGGGAGCUGUUCGAUUAUUUGGUUAAAAAGAGCAGACUGACCCCGAAGGAAGCAAGGAGAUUUUUUCGACAAAUAAUUUCUGCAUUAGAUUUUUGUCACAGUCAUAAUAUAUGCCACAGAGAUUUGAAGCCUGAGAACUUGUUGCUCGACGAGAAGAAUAACAUUAAGAUAGCGGAUUUCGGAAUGGCGUCCUUACAACCUGCGGGCUCUAUGCUGGAGACCAGUUGCGGAUCACCUCAUUACGCUUGCCCCGAAGUCAUUAGAGGUGAGAAGUACGACGGUAGAAAGGCGGAUGUGUGGUCCUGUGGGGUAAUACUUUACGCGCUUCUGGUAGGCGCCUUACCCUUCGACGACGACAAUCUGAGAAAAUUGUUGGAGAAAGUUAAGCGCGGAUUGUUUUACAUACCGCAUUUUGUGCCACCCGAGUGUCAGAAUUUGCUUAGAGGCAUGAUAGAGGUUGAUCCCGAGAAAAGAUUGACGUUAACAGAAAUAAAUAGGCAUAUUUGGGUAACGGCGGCGGGUAAGGGCGAAUUGGAAUUAGAACUGUCGAUGAUGGAUGUAGUGCAGACGCACGUUAUUCCGUCCGUGGAAGCGAUCGAUCCCGACGUGCUACAGGCGAUCGCUAGUCUUGGUUGCUUCAAGGAACGCGACAAACUCAUUCAAGAGCUGCUCAGUCCAAACCACAACACGGAGAAGGUGAUAUACUUCCUGCUGUUAGAGAGAAAGCGAAGAAGACCGGCGUGUGAGGACGAGCUCGAGGUGAUGAGAGGUGGCAUGCGAGGAUCCGCGGGACAAUUAGAGGCCGAUCCGCCAAGAAAACGGGUGGAUACGUGUAGAGUGAACGGAAGUACCGCGCUCAAUCUCGGACAGAUCAGUCAUGGCUCGCCUUUGACGCCCAGAAGACAGUCCAGCACGAGACAUCACGCGCGUCGAUCACCGAGCACAGGUGGAUGUCACACUCAUGCGUCUCAUUCGCACACGUCGACGCCGGGCAGCUCGCCGUUGCAUGCACCUGCUGGUCUGCUAAGUCCCCACAGAGCGAUGCCGACGUCGCACGUGGGCCAGACAAUCGCAUGCGGUGCACACAGAUUGUCCAUUGGUGGCAGUACCACCGCUACUAUUGCCGGAAACGGCGGCAGUCCCACGAGUCAAAGCGUCCCGACGCCGACGCCGGCACUCGCCAACGUCGGUAUUGAACUCAAUGAUGUACAGCCUGUAGUUGCGGUCGGCGUUACACCGCCGGGCUCUCCUCACACGGGAGCGGGAUCUGGAGCUCAUCACUGGAGAUCGCGAUUAACCACGAUCAAGAAUUCUUUCCUGGGCAGCCCCAGAUUUCAUCGUCGUAAAUUGCUCACUAGUACCGAGGAGGUACAUCUCACGCCGGAUUCUUCGCCGGAACUUACGAAAAAAUCAUGGUUCGGUAGUUUGAUGACCACGGAGAAAGACGAAACCUUCACCGUUUUAGUCAAGGGGAAACCGCUAGCCAGUGUAAAAGCCGAUCUGAUUCAUGCUUUUUUAUCGAUAGCAGAAUUAUCUCAUAGCGUGAGCUCGCCAAUGUCGUUCAGAGUAGAAUACAAAAGAGGUAGUACCGCACCAGCCAUGUUCCAGAGACAAGUGCGAUUUCAAGUUGAUAUUAGCGCGAUUUCGAAGCAGCCGAAUGAGCCCCUCUUCGCCAUCACCUUCACAUUACUGAGCGGAAACAUCCGAAGAUUCAGGCGAGUAUGCGAGCAUAUUCAAUCUCAGGUGUGUUCGAGAAAUGUGGGUAUGAACUUGGGAGGACAAAGCAGAGCCGCGCCUCCUAGUCCGAGGGCCUCGAGAAAAUUCACCACAGAGAUGAGUGAGAGUUCGAGCUGCGGAAGCGACACUAGUGAACGACUCUUUCUCAAUCCUCAUCCAGCUACCAGACAGGUAGUCUGUUUCAACAAGAUCGAUUCGGACAUCGAGUCGGAUACAUCUGUAUUCGACGUGAAGUCGCCGACCCGCGAGAACGGUAGAAGAAGCUCGACAUCGACGAACAAUAACAAUGCUCUGUCGGGCGAUACGACACCGACGCCAGGCAGCCCGCCAAAAGCGGUGCGAAGUAACUCAGAGAGCCAAAACACGCCCGAGAAGAAAUGUGUGACCACAAUGAGUGGCAACAACAUAGCGUGAUACUACCAGAACCUUCGCUUCGAGUUUCGAUCAAGUCUGAAAAGCCUAUGGGACAGCGCUCAGAGAUUCUGGUGAGGUUUCCUCUGACGAACGCUUGCAACGCUUUAACUGAACUGCAGAAAAUGCGUGAGACACAUCUGUAUGCGUAUAAUGCGACAUUGCAACAAAUAAGAUUGAGGUCUAACAUCAUAAAUCUUACCGUCAGCAGUAGUAACAAGAAAAUAGAAAGACGACAAUGUGGAUAGCGCGCUUA